CAGUCCUGCAGUGCAAGAGCGGGGAGCCCUGCCAUUUCUGGAUCCCAGCUGGUUAUAGGGGGGGCACUGGCCUGUACAGCCCCUAUACCCCCCUCUUCCCCCAUAAUCCGCUGCUGUUUUCCUGUCUCACUGACAAUGAAGGCAGCGUUGUGUAUAGCCUGUGGGGCACUAGCUGUGCUGCUUGUUGUUUUUAUAUAAGGGGGUACCCAGAACCAUGAAGAGCUUCAUCUGUAGUUUUAUUUUAAAGAAAUUAUUUUAAUAAACUCUGGGACUCUGUACCCCACUGACCCCCCCCCCCUCCUUGAGGCAGAAAAAAAACAGGGGGACAUUUUUUAAGGGGAUGUUCUGAAGAUCAGUAAGUCACAAUGGGAUUCCUGCACCAGCUGCAUCUCCUGCUAUGGAAGAAUGUCACUCUGAAAAGACGUAGCCCGUGGGUGCUGGCGUUUGAAAUUUUUAUUCCACUGGUUCUCUUCUUUAUUCUCCUGGGGCUGCGACAGAAAAAGCCGACAAUAUCCGUGAAAGAAGCUUUCUACACAGCAGCCCCUCUGACGACAGCAGGGAUAUUACCGGUUAUGCAGUCCUUAUGCCCUGAUGGUCAAAGAGAUGAGUAUGGAUUUCUGCAGUACACCAAUUCUACAGUGACCCAGUUAUUGGAGAGGAUUAACGAGGUGGUGGAGGAGAGUAACCUGUUUGAUCCAGACAGACCUGGGUUGGAAGAAGAGUUGGAGUCAUUAAAACAUCAUCUGGAGUCGCUUAGCAGUGACCCAAGUUCUUUGGAGAACCAUUUCCAUAGUCAACAAGAUUUCACACUCGACUCUGUUGUAAAAGACAAGACAGGUUUCCGGGAAUUUCUCAGCAACAACCUUUCUCUGCCAAGUGACAUUGUUGAUAUGUUGGCAGGAUCGAAUAUCAACCUUAAAGAGGUCUACCGGCUACUGUUUAGCUCCCCAUACCUGUCACGUGAAGGAGCGCCAGGCAGAGGACCGUGGGACACCACCACCACGACUGCUGGACAGAUCUUUAAUCUACAUGGCAACCCUCUUGGGAAGUGGAAAGCUCUUCAGGAUGGUUUGAUCCAUGAAGCCCUUAAAGAUCCCCGGAGAUCUGGGCACAAGGUAGAUUUGCUUCGACUUUUGACUGUGGCUCUUGGUUUGGCUCUUCCCAUCAAGUCGGCUGAAGGCUACGAUCCUCAGGUGGUGGUGAGGGAACUGGAGGAAAUCCUCUUCACACCCUCCUCUCUGGAAGCUCUGACCUGUGAUGGGAAUUUUGAUGAGGUUGCACACAUACUCAAUGUCUCAGAGAAGAGUCGCCCCCUGUUGACCUCAUAUCAAAACAUAGUGUGUAAUGGGAGCAAACAGUUAAAAUUGGAGCGAUUUAAGGAACUGUCAGGAGAACUAAAAGAACAGGUGGAUGUCCACAAAACUGUCAGCAGACUCAAACUGGAUGAGUUGAAUACCACAGCAACCCAACUUCAUCUUCGCUCUCUACUGGAGGACGUGUUGGAAGUGGAGAAGAUCCUGAAGGAUGUGGAUAUCCUUUCUGCUCUGGCUAAGUUGUUGCCUAAGGGAGCCUGCACCAGCAAAACGCCUCCAUCAUCCAACAAUGCCACAAGCUGGAACAUCAACUCUACCCUCAGUUCCAACUCCUCUACUGAAGGAGAGGAACUCGGAAGUCAGGAGGAAGAGGGGGGUGAAGAAAACCCUCACAGUCAAUUUUCAGCUUUUGUACAGCUUUGGGCAGGACUACAACCCAUCCUCUGUGGUAUUAACCGGACCAUUGAACCUGAGGCCUUCAAGCAGGGCAACAUGAGCUCUUUAGGAUUCACAAGCAAAGAACAGAGAAACCUGGGUUUACUUGUACAUCUUAUGACCAGCAACCCUAAAAUCCUCUACUCUCCUGUGGGAACUGAAGUGGACAAGGUUAUUAGAAAGCAACAAUUGUGUACCUGGAUGAACAGCCUCAAUGUACCAGGUCAGGAUUCCAUACACCACAGCAUCUAUAACCAACAUCAUCAUGGACAACAUGAGAUUAAAGUCAUCUCCUUCCACCGGGGACUGGCUGAGCGUGCGCCACUGGAUCCCGACACCAGCCACCUCGUACAGAGCAAAGAAACUGUAAAGAAGGAAAAACGUAGCAUUAGAAUUCAUAUCACUGGGAUCAUCUGCCAAGUGCAUGGACUGGCAAUCAUGGCAUCAAAGCCAUUUGUUGGAGUCAUUACCAACAGACAGAUGUUUGUAAUUGAGCACAUGAUGCCACUUUGCAUGGUGAUCUCAUGGGUGUAUUCUGUGGCUAUGAUGAUUCAGCACAUUGUGGCCGAGAAGGAGCAUCGCUUAAAGGGAGGUUAUGAAGAUGAUGGGCCUGAACAACGCUGUACACUGGGUGGGCCUGGUUUAUCACUGGGUUGUCCAACUCUCGAUCUCCGCUUCCUGGUGUCAGUUCUCUACUCCAAAGCAAAGUUGGCAUCUGCAUGUGGCGGAAUCAUCUACUUCCUGAGCUAUGUGCCCUAUAUGUAUGUGGCAAUCAGAGAGGAAGUGGCUCACGAUAAGAUCACUGCCUUUGAGAAGUGCAUAGCUUCACUUAUGUCUACAACAGCCUUUGGUCUUGGCUCAAAGUACUUUGCUCUGUACGAGGUGGCUGGUGUCGGGAUCCAGUGGCGCACGCUCAGCCAGUCCCGUGAAGGAGAUGACUUUAAUCUCAUGUUGUCCAUGAUGAUGUUGGUUAUAGAUGCUGUGGUGUAUGGAAUCCUGACCUGGUACAUUGAGGCUGUUCAUCCAGGGAUGUAUGGUCUUCCCCGACCCUGGUACUUUCCCUUGCAGAAAUCCUAUUGGUUGGGCAGCGGACGCAUAGAAACCUGGGAAUGGUCCUGGCCUUGGUCUCGCCCUGCCCGUCUGAGCAUCAUGGAAGAAGAUCAAGCUUGCGCCAUGGAAAGUCGCCGUAUGGAGGAAACGCGAGGAAUAGAGGAGGAGCCCAGCCACUUACCGCUAGUUGUGUGCAUUGACAAACUCACCAAAAUCUACAAGACCGGGAAAAAGCUGGCACUCAACAAACUAAGUCUUAAUCUGCACGAGAACCAAGUUGUUUCCUUCUUGGGUCAUAAUGGAGCUGGCAAAACUACUACAAUGUCUAUUCUAACUGGCCUCUUCCCCCCAACCUCUGGAUCUGCCACUAUUUACGGGUAUGACAUCCGUACGGAGAUGAACGAAAUCAGGAAGAGCAUGGGGAUGUGUCCACAGCACAAUGUACUCUUCGACAAGCUGACUGUAGAGGAGCAUCUGUGGUUCUAUUCCAGACUUAAAGGGAUGGCUGAAGACGAGAUACGCAGAGAGAUGGACAAGAUGAUUGAAGACUUGGAGCUUUCAAACAAGCGGCUAUCGUUAGUACAGACUCUGUCAGGUGGUAUGAAGAGGAAGCUGUCUGUGGCUAUUGCAUUUGUGGGGGGAUCUCGAGCAGUUAUUCUUGAUGAGCCAACAGCCGGUGUAGAUCCUUAUGCAAGAAGGGCAAUAUGGGACCUGAUCCUAAAGUACAAGCAAGGCCGUACAAUUCUUCUCUCCACACAUCACAUGGAUGAGGCAGAUCUGCUUGGAGACCGUAUUGCUAUCAUUUCCCAUGGAAAACUGAAGUGUUGUGGAUCUCCGCUCUUCUUAAAGAGCACCUAUGGUGAUGGUUACAAACUAACGGUUGUGAAGAAACAAAACGCCUCAGAUACUGGUCACAAUCACAACUUUGGUGUCAGCCUCUGCACAGAGCCGAGAGUUACCCAAUUCAUUAAGAAAUUUGUGGCCUCCUGCCUACUGGUCUCUGACACAAACACUGAGCUGUCUUACAUCCUCCCCAGCGAAUCGGUCAGGAAGGGCUGCUUUGAGCGUCUUUUCCAGCACUUGGACCAAAGCCUGAAGGAGUUGGAGCUCACAAGCUUUGGACUGAUGGACACAACCCUUGAAGAGGUUUUCCUGAAGGUGUCAGAAGAAGACCAUUCUCUAGAGAACAGUGAUGCAGAUAUGAAAGAAUCUAAGAAAGAGACUUUAAGGCCUCUGAUACAACCAGAUACGGGUACAGAAAAUGCACAGCUUUUGGAUGCGCUGGACAAACCAGAGGUGGAACUCAAUCAUUUUGUUUCUGGAAUGCGGCCCAGCCAAUCACCAUGCUCCCAGUCCCUGCGCUCAGGGUCGUCUUCCUCGGUUGGCUCUGUUCGUGGAGAAGAAGGUGGCGCUUAUGCUGAGUUCUAUGGGGAUUACUCCCCCUUGUUUGAUAAUUCUCAAGAUGCGGAGAACUUGAGUCUGCAUGAUCCUGAAGUUGAGGACAAAGUUCUGGAUGGUCAAGGAAGCUUCAAACUGGAAGGAUCUUGGCUCAAGCUGAGGCAGUUUCAUGGACUAAUCAUCAAACGUUUUCACUGUGCCAAGAGGAACACCAAGGCCCUUUUCUCUCAGAUCCUGCUACCAGCAUUCUUUGUUUGUGUUGCCAUGACAGUAGCAUUGUCAGUUCCUGAAAUUGGUGACCUGCCCCCUCUCAUACUCUCACCAUCUCAGUACCACAACUAUACUCAGCCUAAGGGUAACUUUGUCCCCUACGCCAACGAGGAGCGUCCUGAGUUCAGGAUCAAGAAGACAUUAGAUGCUAGUCCUCAAAUGCUUGCUCAUACCUUUUACAUGCCAUCGGGCAUUGGCGCAACAUGUGUACUAAAGACGGCAUUUAACAGCACCCUGGAUCAACUGGUUCAGUCUCUUAACCUGAAUAGCAAUGAAUCCAAAAUGUUGGCUGCCCAGUACUUUGAUGCUAUGUGUGUGGAUUCCUUCACCCAAGGCCUUCCACUGUCUAAUUUUGUGCCACCUCCACCUUCCCCUGCCCCUUCUGAUUAUCCAUCUGAUGAUGAUCUUGGCCAUCUAUGGAAUGCCACCACUUACCCACCAGUUCCAGCCCAGGCAGAGGCAGUCACCACUACUCCAUCUCUUCCCCAUCGCAUCCAUGAGCCAGUGCGAUGUACGUGCUCCAUGCAAGGGACAGGCUUUUCUUGCCCAAGUGGUGUUGGAGGCCAUCCACCCCAGAUGAAAGUGGUAACUGGAGACAUCAUGGUGGACAUCAGUGGACGUAAUGUCUCAGAGUAUUUGCUGUAUACUUCUGACCGCUUCCGGCUGCAUAGAUAUGGAGCGCUCACAUUUGGUAACGUCCUGAAAAGCAUCCCAGCAUCCUUUGGUGUAAAAGCUCCGCCCGUGUUGAGGAAGAUAGCAGUCAGGCAUACUGCACAGGCAUUUUAUAACAACAAAGGAUACCACAGCAUGCCCACUUAUCUCAAUGCGUUAAACAAUGCCAUCCUGCGAGCCAACCUGCCCACCAAGACCCGUGGAAAUCCUGCAGCAUAUGGUAUUACUGUCACCAACCACCCAAUGAACAAGACAAGUGCCAGCCUCUCCCUUGACUAUCUGUUACAAGGCACAGAUGUGGUUAUUGCCAUCUUUAUCAUUGUUGCAAUGUCCUUCGUCCCUGCAAGUUUUGUGGUGUUCUUAGUGGCAGAAAAAUCUACCAAAGCUAAACAUUUGCAGUUUGUCAGCGGCUGUAAUCCUGUAAUCUACUGGCUUGCUAACUACGUGUGGGAUAUGCUGAAUUACCUGGUCCCUGCAACCUGCUGCAUCAUCAUCCUGUUUGUGUUUGACCUUCCUGCUUAUACAUCACCGACCAACUUCCCCGCCGUCCUGUCGCUCUUCCUCCUCUACGGCUGGUCAAUCACACCGAUUAUGUACCCAGCGUCCUUUUGGUUUGAGGUGCCCAGUACAGCCUACGUGUUCCUCAUUGUUAUCAACCUCUUCAUCGGCAUCACAGCCACUGUGGCUACUUUUCUUUUGCAGCUCUUUGAACACGACAAGGACCUUAAGGUGGUGAACAGUUACCUGAAAAGUUGCUUCCUUAUCUUCCCCAACUACAACUUGGGUCACGGUCUGAUGGAAAUGGCAUACAAUGAAUACAUUAACGAAUACUACGCUAAGAUAGGUCAGUUUGAUAAGAUGAAGUCUCCAUUCGAGUGGGAUAUAGUCACACGUGGUCUGGUUGCCAUGACAAUAGAAGGAUUUGUUGGUUUUUUCAUCACCAUAAUGUGCCAGUAUAACUUCUACCGCAAACCACAGCGACUUCCAAUUUCCAACAAACCGAUAGAGGAUGACGACAUAGAUGUGGCAAAUGAAAGACAGAGGGUUUUACGAGGAGGUGCUGAUAAUGAUAUGCUGAAGAUUGAUAAUUUAACCAAGGUGUACAAAUCUCGCAAGAUGGGUCGUAUCUUGGCUGUGGAUCGUCUGUGUGCUGGAGUCCGACCAGGAGAAUGUUUUGGGCUUCUGGGUGUGAAUGGAGCUGGGAAAACGACCACCUUUAAAAUGCUAACUGGGGAUGAAAGCACCACGGGAGGAGAAGCGUUCAUCAACGGCCACAGCAUCUUGAAGGAGCUCCUCCAAGUCCAGCAGAGUCUUGGCUACUGUCCCCAGUUCGAUGCUCUGUUUGAUGAGCUGACGGCGCAGGAGCACCUUGAACUGUACACUCGCCUGCGAGGGAUUCCGUGGAAGGAUGAGGAGAGGGUUGUGAAAUGGGCACUAGAGAAGCUGGAACUCACAAAAUAUGCUGACAAACCAGCAGGGACUUACAGUGGUGGCAAUAAAAGGAAGCUGUCAACGGCUAUCGCUCUUAUUGGCUACCCCUCCUUCAUCUUCCUGGAUGAACCCACAACGGGGAUGGAUCCUAAAGCAAGACGUUUCCUAUGGAACCUUAUUCUUGAUGUCAUUAAGACUGGACGAUCUGUUGUUCUGACAUCACAUAGCAUGGAGGAAUGUGAAGCGCUUUGUACAAGGCUUGCUAUUAUGGUAAAUGGGCGCCUCAAAUGUCUGGGCAGCAUUCAACAUUUAAAGAACAGGUUUGGUGAUGGCUACAUGAUUACCGUGAGGACAAAAUCAGGUGUCAAUGUGAAGGAAGUUGUGCGGUUCUUCAACAGGAACUUUCCAGAAGCCGUACUCAAAGAGAAGCACCACACCAAGGUACAGUACCAGCUGAAGUCCGAGCAGGUGUCCUUAGCUCAGGUGUUCAGUAAAAUGGAGCAGGUGGUGGAUGUGCUCGGAAUAGAAGACUAUUCAGUCAGUCAGACAACUCUGGAUAAUGUUUUCGUGAACUUUGCAAAGAAACAAAGCGAUAACCUAGAGCAACAAGAAGCCACCCCUGUGUCAGUUGUACCAUCACCACUAGAAAGAGUGUGGAGUCUAUUCAGACCUGCCACAACACCUACUGAGCUCCGGGCUCUGGUUGUGGAGGAGCCGGAGGAUCUCGAAACUGACGAUGAAGGACUAAUUAGCUUUGAAGAGGAAAGGGCACAAUUAUCCUUCAACACAGACACACUCUGCUAAGGAGAAAAUGCCAACAUCUUCUGGGGAAGUCAGAACCCUCCUAGUUCUGUUCUUCAACUUGUCUUCAAGCAGCAGCCACCAAACCAGAGCUGGAGAUCAUCAGCACUGCCCAUUUCUACAACUCACUCUGGUCUCCAAGAAUGAGCUUGAGGUUCAUGGAUAAAGAUCAUGCACUUAGUGACUAGACAGCUGUGUGUAUGCUACCCCCUAGUGGUGGGGGGUGUAGACUACAGCUUUUGUAAUGUACUGGAGAGUAGAAAUGGUUGUGCAAACUUCAGCCUUCUGCCCUAAGAGCAGAUCUGAGCACUGCUUUACAAAAUAUGUUGGGCUACUUCUGCCUGGUUCUUGGCCUACUUCUGCCUGGUUCUUGGCUAGAGGAUAUUCAUGGUUUAUGGUCUACAAUUGGCUUCAGACUGGAUGUUCCUCGCUAGCUGGUGCUACCACUGAUCGAUGGACUUCUGAAUGACUUUUGGACUUUCUGUGACUUUUUGAGGGAGAACAGUGAAGGAAUCCUUAAGAGCUACAACAUUAUCCAUUUUACAAGCCGAGGGCUCAUGUCCGCUGCAUCUUUUGACCUGACCUCACCAUUUUUGUUUUUCCCCUCCUGUGCAGCAGACAUAACCGUGGUGCUUUGUGGGCAUUAUAUAGUCUUUUCUUUGUAGUUCUUUGCUAUUUUCUGUGCUGUCCCCUCGUCUCUAUGUGCAAUAUAUGACGUGCCAUCCAGUGUAUGACUCACACCUGCGGAGUGUACUCGGAACCAGCAGUAACCCUUAUGGGCAUUUUAGGAUCUGCACUGCCAAAAAAUAAUGGAAAAUGUAUGUGUAUAUAUUGCUUUAUUUUGUGUUUCUUUUUUGUUUCUGUUUUUUUUUGUUUUUGAAAUUGCAAAUGAAAUGACCAAAUAUGUGCACUUUA